CUUAUUUGCCUUGAAUGCAUGCAUUGACUCUCCUCUUCUUGCUCGCUAACAAUCAAACGCGAUCCCCAUAUCCUUUUAACACAGCUGGUACCUUAACCCAACCCCUCCUCCUCUGACCGCUGCUACCUGUUCACUCCUUCCUUUUUGCACCAUAAUCAUCUGCAUUACAGUAUUCAUUCGACCGAGUCAGUUACUUCAGACCGACAGGGCUUUGAUUCUAGCAUAAUCCGCAUAGCCAACAAAGAUGAGGACGCGGCUUUUCGCAGUAGCAUCGAUUGCUGUGCUAAUCCACAUUGCGUCCGCGGACAUCCCACAGAAAAAUGCCAUCCUUCCCUUCACACACGCUAUCCAAGACCGACGCAGCGAUCACGAUGCCGCUCAGUCCGGACAUGCCAAAUCACUAGCGCAUACCGCUGCUACUCCAGCAAUCGCCCAACCGAUUCCAACCCCCACUGUGUGCGGCAACGGCAUUAUUGAACACGGCGAAGAAUGCGAUUGCGGAUCACCAACUGAAUGCGCGAAAGAUCCUUGCUGCAAUGCCAAGACGUGCAAACUUGUACCGGGCGCACAGUGCAGCAAUCAACAGGAGUGUUGCAGUAGAUGCCAGUUUCAGCCCGUGAGCUUUGUCUGCCGCCCCGCGACCGCAGAGUGUUCCAUGGCUGGGAUGUGCACAGGAAUUGGCGCAAAGUGCCCGGCCACGAAUAAGAACAGCUGUCUCAAACACUCGGCAUCAGCAACACCAUCCAACACUACCGAAUCCAAGGCAGGUGGAAGCUGUGAAUCUUCACUGUACUCUGCCAGAGACCUUCAGUGUCAGGCAUUGUCAUCGGGGGGAUUCAAUUUUACAACGGCAUGCGCAAAGGACACCCUCAGUUGUCAAAUUAGUUGUACUGAUCCCAAGGGCGGUUCUAGGGACUCGGCAAGAUGCAUGCAGUUUACGACGCAUUUUUCUGACGGAACAGAAUGUGGCCAGGAUGGUGUCUGCACCAACGGGACCUGUAUUGAGAUAGAAGCGCCCUCGUUCUUCAAGAAGAAUAUCCUGGCGUUUGCAAUCGGCGGAACAUCCAUUGCCUUUGCGCUCCUAUUUUGUUUUGCCAGCAUCUGUUUUUUACGUCGAAGAAGGAGGAUACGUGAGGAAACCGCGAAGAAGCGAGAAGACGCGUACCCGAUGUCCGAGAGCAUCAACCGUCGAAGCAAUAUCCGCAUCGGUUUGGAUCCGAGCGAGAAUGGCCUCGUCGCUACUUUGCCCGCAUAUGAACCCAAGAGCGCAUUCACUCGACGAUCUUCUGCGGGAAUACAAGGCACCCUGGCUCGCUCAGCUAAUGCCUAUUCUCCGGACGCGUUGUUGACAGAGCAGGAGAUGGUGCAGGAUCUUGCGGUGAAUUCUUACCCGGAACUGAACCCCUCCACCUCGAGCUGGCCCACGGCACCCAUUCCGGUUACCCCUGCUUAUCGUAACCCGUCCCCCGGCAAUACUUUAUGGAAAGAUACCAAGAGCGGCAGUACGUUGCAAAAAUCGAUCUCCGUCAACAACCACGUUGUAUACGUUCCACCACCCCUACCUUCUGUGACUCUUACCUCGUCUCCAAAAACCAACAACAUGCCUUCCCCAUAUGCAGACGAGGCCAUGAAUGUCUUCUCGUCCGACAGUCCCCCUCUUUCUCCACUACUGCCCGUGAGAUCCAAGGCGGCCAACAUUAAUAUUAUAGUAGAGAAAUUUCGAAAGGAGACGGUGCAGAUUGACGAAGCAUCGGAUAGUGGCAUCAGUACUGCGUCUUAUAAUGACGAAUACGAAUCGUCAAUCCUGCGCUUAGACAGUACCCUGACCAUGGACAGAUACAAUGAAAACAUUGCGAAUAAUCGCACUUCUGUGAGUUCGUUCUUUUCGACACUAGCUAUCGAUUCUGAGCCCGUCCCUGUGAACCGUCCACCGACGCCACCACUACCUGAAGCUUCGUUUGCGUCAGAAGAGUACAUUAUGCCGGCGCCAGUGGCCAGGGUUACAACUAUCUCUACAUCUCGAGCACCGAAGGCGCCAUCGCCAUCGUCCUCACUUGCGUCUUCCAAGUUGUCACCAUCCUUAUCAAACAAGAAGAAAUCGGCGUAUGAAAGAAAGCAGGAAGAGAUCAAGGUGGCCGAGUGUUUCGCACAGGACCUUGGGUUCGAUAUCGUCAAUCCAUCGCCCAUGGCCUCUCCUCGUCAUGGAAUAUCUAGGACUACCGCGGAUCAACAGAGGAUAGUCUAGAUCGAGGGCGCCACAUUUGGCAUUUAAAAAAGAGUGGUUUGUAAAUCAUGUCGAGCAGAUUUGUGGACAAAAAAUAUCAACAAAAUAUAUGCUUGACCGUGCCCUGCUUCACUUGCCCGUUCACAUACCAUGGACACCCUCAAAUGGGGCGCCCGCUCCUAAAUCAUACCUCACGAGUUGCAGAUAUAGUAGUUCAUAGUUCAUACUCAGCUCAGCCGAGCGGUUUGAUUCCUAAAUGAGCGAGCAGGGC